UUCAGACAUGACCUGAAAAGUGUUAGAAGUGAAGUAUGUGAGGCAGAUUAGUGACAUCAACCUCAACUGACGGUUGCAAUACCAUCUCUGUUCGUUGAUGUCCGGAGCAUAAACAUCAAAACUUUCUCUGAUAAAUCUGUGCAAAAUUGAGUCCUUCAAAUAAAUGUCCCUCUUAGUUCAGUGUCCAAUAUGAUUGAAUAUAACAAUACCUCCCUCUAUUAUAAUAAUAACGUCUUUAACAAUACAACUGUAAGUGAUAGUGUAACACCAUUUAUGAAUACUACGCAAAGCAGCAUCUUGGAAGCUUAUCCAAUUCGUGAUUCCUUGAAGUUAGUGAUUCCUCUAACGAUCCUAUAUUCAGUGAUUUUCAUUAGUGGGAUGCUUGGGAAUAUAAUUACGUGUAUUGUGAUAGCUCGGAAUCGAUCUAUGCAUACAGCCACCAACUACUAUUUGUUUAGUCUGGCGGUGUCGGAUUUAUUACUGCUCAUUUCGGGAAUGCCUUUGGAAAUUUACGGCAUGUGGUAUCGUUACCCUUUUCCAUUUGCUGAGCCAGUCUGUAUUCUGCAAGGAUUUGCUGCUGAAACUUCCGCAAACGCCACAGUAUUGACUAUAACAGCCUUUACAGCAGAAAGAUAUAUUGCGAUAUGUCAUCCAUUCUUAUCACAUACAAUGUCAAAAUUAUCACGUGCUAUCAAAUUUAUCCUCGGCAUUUGGAUACUUGCUAUGGGUUUGGCUGUCCCACAGAUUUUAGAUUUGGGACUAACAAGGCCAUACGAUACGUGCGGAAUCAAAAAUGAUUUGAGGAAACAUGUAUUUACGAUUUCGUCGAUAAUUUGUUUCGUUUUUCCAAUGACCGUUAUAACUGUGUUUUAUGUCUUAAUUGGAUUACAACUGAGAAGGUCAAAGAUCGUUGGUCGUGCGACAACAGCGAACGGAAAUAGUAUAAAACUAAAGACGAAAAAUCGCAUUCCGUCCCAAAGGAACAUCCUUUUGACUAUAGAUCGAACCGGUAAAGCUAAUACAAGUUUAUCACCAGUGCCACCUCAUAACUUUAUAGAAGCUGUCUACUCAUCGUCUGGGAAGAAUGAAGCGGGAAAUCAACGGAUGGCGAAUAGUGUGUGCGACGAGGGACGAAAAAAUUAUUCACAUAAGGGAACCAUGGGAACGCGACAUGUUGUUAAUAUGCUUGUUGCUGUCGUUGUGGCCUUUUUCGUUUGCUGGGCACCACAUCAUGCUCAACGCUUAUUCGCAAUGAAUGCUGAUUCCAGAUAUAGUGAAAUCUACGAUGUACUCACGCAUAUUUCGGGAGUCCUUUACUUUGUUUCUACGUGCAUAAAUCCCUUCCUGUACAAUAUAAUGAGCUAUAAAUUUCGGGAAGCGUUCAAGGGUACAUGUGCAUCCUGCUUACACGGACGGGAGAAUCUAGGAUAUGGGGCCAAAGGUGCCUUGUCGAGAAAUAUUUCGCAGCGUUCCACAUCACAUUCAGCUCACACGUGUUCAUCGGUAUGUUCCUCAUACGUACAGCAAUCACAAAAUGCCACUUACAUCCUUGAUCAGGAUUUCGCUUUGUUAAAAUGCAGCAUUCAACGUCCGCUAACAGUAAAAUUCAAGAAAGCACCACGUACUUUAGCUAUAAAUUCGAGGUCACAGCCGCAUCAACAUCAGAAGGACAUCGAUUUAACUGAAUUGGACACAUAUCAGUACAAGCAAAACUUCUCCUACUCAACACAAUUUGACCCGAAAAGGACACACUCUGGAAACACAUUCUUCCAAACAAUUAACAACGAAUCACAAAAUGACUACUCCAUUUUCACCAUGGAUAGCUACAAAACGGAUUUCGAGGAAGUACCCCAGAAAUCUUGUAACGGACCUACAUCCAAUCAACGCUACAUAUACAACGAUACAGGAUCAUACAAUUCCGAACGAUACAAAAGCCUCUGCUACCCAAUCGCGAAACGUGACAAUUCUUCAAAUGUUAACACAUCACCGUAUGAUAGUCCUGAAUUGACAGCAAAUUCACGAAAACUUGAGGAAAGUCUCCAAAAUAUUUUAAAAGAUUUAGUUAAGACUGAUAAUGCUCGCGCGAGCGAAGUAGCUAAUUCUGCAAACUAUAGCGGUUGUAGUAUAGUGAAAGGAUUUCCAAAAAGCAAAAGCGUUUCUAGCUUACUCGCUGUAAGGACAAGAAAAUCAAACAAAUUUCGAAAGUCAAUAGGAUUGAAGGAUCCAUUUUAAUAUUAAGACUUUGACCUUUUGUUUUUAGCUAAUUGAUAAAAGCCGAUUAUUCUGUAUAAAUGUUGAAAUGCGAUUUUAUUUUGUGAAUA